AUGUCGGAUCAGUCCGGUAUUACCCAAGAACGAAACCGUCGGCGGCGCGAAUUUUGCGCCUCAUCUGCAGCUUCUGAAAUAGCUGCAGAAACGAUCAUCAAACAAAAUGCAACGUUUUUGCUGGAGCUGAAUGCCUGUAUGGAAGGCGACAGCAAGGACACAUCAACUGCAACGUCCGGGUGGACCAUCAAUUUGUUCCCGCAAACUUCGAUAAUUACACCAACCGUCAGUUCUACUUGUGCGCGGGGUGACGACGGAGUACUAUCGCAACCGGUAUGUUAA